AUGGCUAUUGAAAUCCACAAAUUACUCAGUAAGAAGAAUCGUCUAGCCAUCUCUACUAUAAAACUUUUACUUAUGGACAACAAUCCCACGGAAAAAAGUCAAGAAAAAUCCGUAAGGAUUGAUCUAACAAAAGAACUGCCAAAAUGGCCAUACACAGUAUAUGCUCCAGCAAAAGAGGAGCCGAAUUUAAUAGAAGGGACUGAUGUCUCACCAGAAGAGUUGAGAUUUGAGUUUUUUAAGUUAAAAGAUUCCUGGAUGUACGGUGGAGACAUGCAAUAUAACCAGGGUGUUUCACAGCUCAACAGCGUAAUGAAGCAAAAGAUAGACGAUGUGUUAAAAGACUUACGAAACUCUCUACGAACAUAUCAGAAGAUGAGACGACAGUCGGGUAAUUCAUCAAACACUUUUGGUAACAGAACACAAUCCAGGAAUACAAGCCAACAGCCGCCGAACACAUUCAGGUCCAAUGGUGGACUUGGUCAGCCGCAACAGAAUGGGGCGUUUGUCCAACAACGACUCGGAGGCAGUGGAUUCGAUCGGCAACAACAAGGUGGAUUUGGAAGUAGCAGAUUUAGCCAGCAGAAUAACUAUGGAGGAUUCGGCCAGCAACAACCGUCACAACCGAGUCCGUUUGGACAGCAACCGGGACCAGGAUUCGGGGCUACUCAGCCGAAUGGAGGGUAUUAUCAACAACAACCCCAACAAACUGAACUCGGUCUCGGAACUCUACAGCAACCACCACAGCAGAGUAAUACAUUCGGUACAUUUUCCGUUGUGGGGAAUCCGCCAGUUCCAACUUUUGGUCAUACUGGCAUUGGAAGCGCACCGAAUAUUCAGCAGCAACAUCCAUUAGGACAAUCAAUACAAUAUCCCUUUGGAGCUCAGCAACAACCGAGUCUAUUUCGCGGUGGUAUCCAAGAUGCAAGACCGGAUAUAGAUAGUAGCAUGGUUGGGAUGUCCGAGUAUUUUACUGGACAGGUGCCAACAAGUCCACCUACUAAUCAUUAUUGA